AUGGAUAUCGAGUCCGCAAGAGACAAUCUAAGAAAUGAUAGUGUCCCUAUAGCAAGGAGAAUGAGAUCUCUGUUCUAUUUACGAAAUAUAUUGGAGCCUGGGUCUGUAGAUGCUAUUUCUGGGGCAUUUACAUCCAAGUCCGUUCUCUUGAAGCAUGAGGCUGCAUAUGUUCUUGGACAAAUGUGCAUAGAAAAUUCUAUUAAGGUACUUCUAAAUGUUUUAUCUGAUGAAAGCGAGAAUGAAAUUGUUAGGCAUGAGGCGGCGGAAGCACUGGGGAAUUUCAAGGCAACAGAAGAGAUUGUAGCAGCGUUAAAGAAAUACUCCGAUCAUCCUUUGAAGCCUAUUUCCGAGACUUGCUAUCUGGCACUUAUGAAACUGAAGAACGGAAUAAAUAUUGUGUCCAAGUUUGGAUCUCGGGACCCGGCAUCUCCAAUGGAAGGAAGUUUUGAGGAGGCAAGAAAGAUUUUACUGGAUAGAAAUGAAUGUCUGUAUAGAAGAUACCAAGCGAUGUUUUACUUGAGAGAUCUAAAUACGCUUGAUGCUAUACAUUCUCUUGGGGAGGCUAUGAGAGACGAUUCAUCACUAUUCAAACAUGAAAUAUCGUUCGUUUUUGGCCAGAUGAGAUCAGUGGAAUCUAUUCCAUACCUUAUUAAGGGGAUGGAAGAUGAAAAAGAACAUGGGAUGGUUAGGCAUGAAUGUGCAGAAGCUUUGGGAGCGAUUGGAAAUGACAAGGCUUUGGAGGCGUUGGCCAAAUACCUUCACGAUCCAUGUGACAUUCUGAGAGAAAGUGUAGAAGUGGCGGUAGACAUUCACAAUUAUAUGACCAGUAACGAGAUAGAGUACUGCAAUGUACAAUGA